AUGCCUUCUGCUAAUUUGCAAACAACUUCUAAAUCUAUCCAAAGCCAUGAUGCAGGGGAAGAGUAUGCUGAUGUCAACUGGGAUGACCUCAAAUUUGGGGUAAUUCCAACUGAUUACAUGUACACCAUGAAAUGUUCCAAAGCCAAAGGAGAUGACUUUUCACAAGGAUAUCUCACUCCCUAUGGAAACAUUGAGCUCAACCCAUCUGCGGGUGGCUUAUAUGAAGGUCUUAAGGCGAACAGGACAGAAGACGGCCGGUUUCUGCUCUUUAGGCCUGAACUUAAUGCUCUAAGAAUGAAGAUGGGUGCAGAGAGAUUGUGCAUGCCAUCUCCUUCUACUCAGCAAUUCAUUGAUUCUAUAAAGCAAACAAUCCUAGCCAACAAGCGUUGGUCCUCUGCUAUUACUACAAUUAGUGUGCAAAUCCAAGCCAUCCAUUACAGUGAAGUCAAGUGGGGAUAUUGA